UCAAUUUUGUCACCAACACACCAUUUCUUUGUGAAUUAGUUAGUGGGUACCCCAUAUAUCUCCCGAAAUCCUUCGAUUUCAUCUGAAUCUGGUGGUUAAUGAUAGGCGCGGGGACACCAAUUUGGUCACAGAAGUGAAAGACGGGAAUAAUAACGUCUCUGCUUCCAUCAGGGUAUGUUCUUUGAUGGGUCUCUCUUACGAUUGAGAUAGAGAUAUAUACUCUGUUUUCUUCUGUAAUUCACCUUUUUUGUUCUCUGAAGAUUUCGAUCUAGAUGACGUUGUUGUGAUGGGCGGGGAUGCCUAUUUGGUCCUAGAAGUGAAAGGAAAGAGUAUAAUUAUACCUCUACUUCCCACAAGGAUUCCCUAAACUCUGCAAUGGCGGUAGAAACAUCCUGGUCAGAUGAUGAAUUUGAUGAUAAUACAAGGGGAACUGGUGUGUUCUAUCCAUAUUUGGGGCUAACUGACAGGGUUGAUGAAGAAAGCAAUCAUGUCCCCAUUGAUCCAAUCCUCCCUGAUGAUCUUCAGGAACGAAUAAUAGCCUCUCUCCCAUUAGAGUGCAUUUUAAAAGCAUGCUGUGUUUGUAAAAAGUGGAAUGAGAUUGUGCACUCAAAAAGAUUUAUGUUGAACAUCUCAAGUGUCUUAUCACAGAAACCCUGGUACUUCAUGUUUACCAGCUCUGAUGAACCCGUUGGAUAUUUCUAUGACCCUUUGUUGCGUAAAUGGUACAGCUCCGAACUCCCUUGUAAUGUAAAGCACAACUGCUAUAUUGCUUCAUCUUCUGGUUUAGUGUGCUUCAUGGAUAAUUAUAGCAGGAAUGAGCUAUAUGUUUGUAACCCGCUUGCUAGGAACUACAAGAAAGUGGAACCUUUGGGUGACCGAUUCUUUGAUUACAGAGCUCUUGCGUUUUCAGUGGACUGGCUAUCACACAGUUAUACUCUUGCUAUUGUAGGAUCGGAACAAAUCUCUGGGGAUGAAUGGGAUAUUUCGAUUCACAUUUAUAAUUCAAACAAAAUGGUAUGGCAAUCUCCUGCUGCGAAAACUUUUACCAGGUGGAGAGCAGGAUAUGAUAGUGUAAUCUGUGAUGGGGUUUUGUAUGCCCUGUUUUAUUAUACUGGAACGGAUGAGACUGAGGAUCGCCAUGCCUUGUUGACUUAUAAUAUUUGUAGCCCAUCUUACGAGGAUAUAUCAGUUGCUACUAAAAUUCCAGUUCCUUGCUUUGUCACUUGUGGACGGCUGAUGAACCUCUCUGACAAGCUUGUAAUGGUGGGAGGUAUAGGGAGACAAGAUCGUCCAGGCAUAAUAAAGGGAAUUGGCAUUUGGGUUCUUAGAGGGAUGGAAUUGGAAGAGGUAUCCCGAAUGCCUCAUAAGUUUUUUCAAGGAUUUGGAGAGAUAGAUGAUGUGUUUGCAAGCAGUGGUGCUGGUGAUCUUAUAUACAUCCAGAGCUAUGGAGCAACAGCCCUUCUUGAGUUUGAUAUGACCUUGAAACAAUGGGAUUGGUCACAUAAAUGUCCUGUGACUAAGAAGUUCCCCCUUCAGCUUUUCUCAGGUUUUUGCUUCCAACCGCGGCUUGAAGUUUCACCCUAA